AAGUGAGUCUGGCCUUGGAAACAACACGCCAUGGGGACCACAAAAAAUAUCCUCAAAUAAACAUUGCAGAGCAUCGCCUGCUUUCUCAACACAGGGGAGAAUUCGCUUUCCCUUCCGGUUUCCCACUUUCCCCGCGGUGAUCUUGACAAAAGUUCUCGCUUAACCGGCUGCGUCUACGGACCUCCUCCUCCCUCACGAAACUAAUUCUCUGGCCCGGAAGUUGAUUUUGGUGUUCGUAAGGUCCGGAGAAGAGAAUCGAAACAGAAACCGAUCCUGCAACUUCUGUGACUUGUGGGUGGAACACAGGGCUUAAAGCUCCCUGGCAGGGCGACCAGAGCGCAUCAGUCGCAGGGCGAGAGUGGUCCGGAGUCUACACCCACCUGCUGCAGCGCAUUCCUGCCCCACCUGCCACCUGCCAGGAACCACCGACCGAUCCACCUAAAGCCACCAGUAUCUGCAGCUACCAGACAGCAUCGACGGGGACCCACCUGUGGAUCGUCUGCCCUCCUGCCCUCCCGCCCGCCGGCCGGGGAGACUCCUCUCCCUUUCCCUGAGAACCAAGGAUGUCGAACUUCUGUUCUGCAGAGGACAGCUUCCGCAAUCUCAUCUCAGUCUUCAGGACCAGGUUGAAAAGGUCCUUUCAGGUGGAGCCGGUGCUGGACUACCUGACCUUUCUGAAACCAGAAACCAAAGAGCAGAUUCUGAAGCAGGCCGCCACCUGUGGGAACACCAGCGCCGCGGAACUGCUGCUGAGCACCUUGGAGAAGGGGGAGUGGUCGCCGGGCUGGACGCAGACGUUCGUGGUGGCCCUGGAGCAAAGUGGCAGCUCCCUAGCCGCCCGCUACGUCAGACUUAACGAUCUCCCCUCUCCCUCCUAUGAGACCGCCCAUGACGAAUGUCUCCACCUGAUGACCCUCCUUCAGCCUACCCUGGUAGACAAGCUCCUGAUUAACGAUGUCUUGGAUACUUGCGUGGAGAUGGGACUGUUGACAGUUGAGGACCGAAAUCGGAUUUCUGCUGCGGGGAACGCUGGGAACGAGUCGGGCGUGAGGGAAUUGCUGAGAACGAUCGUGCAGAAGGAAGACUGGUUUUCUACUUUCCUGAACGUUCUUCGCCAAACUGGGAAUGAGGCGCUUUGCCAAGAGCUAACAGGUGCCGGCUGCCCGGAAGACAUGGCAGAGAUGGAGAAUUUGUCUCCUGAAAAUGGGCCUGAAGUUAAUGAGCCCAUUCUGAAGGCUCUGGAUGAGUCAAGUCUGGAGAAAGAGCCCUGGGACACAGAGAAUUCUUCCCCGGAGGUCUCCUUUGCAGACUCUUCUAUGGCAGCAGAAUCAGACACAAGUUUGGCAGAAGGAAGUGUCAGCUGCUUAGAUGAAAGUCUUGGACAUAACAGCAACAUGGGCAGUGAUUCAGGCAUCAUGGGAAGAGAUUCAGAUGAAAGAAUGGGAGCGCAGAGAGCUUCCCCUGAGCCUGAACUGCAGCUCAGGCCUUACCAAAUGGAAGUGGCCCAACCAGCCUUGGAGGGGAAGAAUCUUAUUAUCUGCCUUCCCACUGGGAGCGGGAAAACCAGAGUGGCUGUUUACAUCACCAAGGAUCACUUGGACAAGAAGAAGCAGGCAUCAGAGCCUGGGAAGGUGAUAGUCCUUGUCAAUAAGGUAAUGUUAGCUGAACAGCUUUUCCGCAAGGAGUUCAACCCAUUUUUGAAGAAAUGGUAUCGCAUUAUUGGAUUGAGUGGUGAUACUCAGCUGAAGAUAUCGUUCCCGGAAGUUGUCAAGUCUUACGAUGUUAUCAUCAGCACAGCUCAGAUCCUGGAGAAUUCCCUCUUAAAUCUGGAGCACGGAGAGGAUGACGGGGUGCAGCUGUCAGAUUUUUCCCUCAUUAUCAUUGAUGAAUGCCAUCAUACCCACAAGGAGGCGGUGUACAACAACAUCAUGAGGCGGUAUUUGGAGCAGAAGUUGAAAAACAAUGCCCUCAAGAAACAAAACAAGCCAGUAAUUCCCCUGCCACAGAUCCUAGGACUAACAGCUUCACCAGGUGUUGGAGGAGCCAAAAAGCAGGCCGAAGCUGAAAAGCAUAUUUUAAAUAUAUGUGCCAAUCUUGAUGCCUUUACCAUUCAAACAGUGAAAGAGAAUCUUAGCCAACUCAAACACCAGAUAAAGGAACCCUGCAAGAAGUUUGUGAUUGCUGACGACACCAGAGAAAAUCCAUUUAAAGAGAAGCUUAUAGAAAUUAUGACCAGCAUCCAAACUUACUGCCAAAUGAAUCCAAUGUCAGAUUUUGGAACCCAGCCUUAUGAGCAAUGGGCCAUUCGUAUGGAAAAUAAAGCUGCUAAAGAUGGAAACCGCAAAGACCGCGUCUGUGCAGAACACUUGAGGAAGUACAACGAAGCCCUGCAAAUCAACGACACGAUCCGGAUGAUUGACGCGUACAAUCACCUGCAAACUUUCUACAGCGACGAGAAAGAAAAGAAGCUCGCGGCCCUGGAGGACGAUGAUGAGAGCGAAGAAGAUGCCAGCAGCAAUGACGAUGUGAAGAAACCCCUGAAACUGGACGAAACAGAUCAAUUUCUCAUGAAUUUAUUCUUUGAUAACAAGAAAAUGUUGAAAAAGCUUGCUGAAAACCCCAAAUAUGAAAAUGAAAAACUCAUCAAAUUAAGAAACACUAUAUUGGAGCAAUUUACAAAGUCAGAGGAAACAUCUCGGGGCAUUAUUUUCACAAAAACGCGGCAGAGCACCUAUGCCCUUUCCCAGUGGAUUACGGAAAACGAAAAGCUCGCCGAAGUUGGUGUCAAAGCGCAUCAUCUGAUUGGAGCAGGGCACAGCAGUGAAGUCAAGCCCAUGACGCAGAAUGAACAAAAAGAAGUCAUUAGUAAAUUUCGCACUGGAAAAAUAAAUCUGCUUAUCGCUACCACAGUGGCAGAGGAAGGCCUGGAUAUCAAAGAAUGCAAUAUCGUUAUUCGCUAUGGUCUCGUCACUAAUGAAAUAGCCAUGGUCCAGGCCCGCGGUCGAGCCAGAGCUGACGAAAGCACUUAUGUCCUGGUCACCAGCAGUGGCUCGGGAGUUACUGAACGUGAGAUUGUUAAUGAUUUCCGAGAGAAGAUGAUGUAUAAAGCUAUAAACCGUGUUCAGAAUAUGAAACCAGAGGACUAUGCACAUGAGAUUAUGAAAUUACAGGUACAAAGUAUCCUGGAAAAGAAAAUGAAAACCAAAAGAAGUAUUGCAAAGCAAUACAAUAACAAUCCAUCAUUAAUAACUCUACUCUGCAAAAAUUGUAGUAUGCUCGUCUGCUCGGGAAAAGACAUCCAUGUGAUUGAGAAGAUGCAUCAUGUCAACAUAACACCGGAAUUCAAGAGUCUCUACAUUGUCAGAGAAAACAAGGCACUGCAGAAGAAGUUUGCCGAUUAUCAAACGAAUGGAGAGAUUAUCUGCAAGUGUGGCCAGGCUUGGGGAACCAUGAUGGUACACAAAGGUUUAGAUUUGCCUUGUCUCAAAAUAAGGAAUUUUGUAGUAGAUUUCAAAAAUGACUCAUCAAAGAAACAAUAUAAGAAGUGGGUGGAAUUGCCUAUCAGAUUUCCUGCUCUGGAUUGCUCGGAAUAUUGCCUGUAUAGUGAUGAAGACUAGCUCUGGAUUCAUGAUUAGUUUACAAUGUCGCCAACUCAAAAUUUAGUAUGAUUUUGAUUGAUGUUUUCAUUACACUACCGAGCUAAUACAAGAAUAUAUAAAUGAUUGUUUUGUUUUGUUUUAACUUGUAUAAAGAAAGAACACAAUGCAUACUCCUUACUGGUCGUAAAUGUAACUGUUAAUCUAAAUUGUCAGUUUGAUGAGCUCUGGCAUCAGCUGGGAGAUGGGCUUCUGGGGUUGCCUUGAAGGGAUUGUCUUAACUUGAUUAAGGUAGGAAGAACUGUCCACUGUGGACGGUCCCAUUCUCCAGGCUUGGGUCCUGGACUGUAUAAAACUGAGAAAACUAACUGAGGCUGCAUUUUCACUUAUAACUCUGCUUCAAGACUGUGGAAUGCAGUAUGACAAGCUACCCCAAGCUCCUGCUGCUGUGACAUCCCCACAGGAAUGGAUUAUUACCUCAAACUGGGCGUUACAAGAAAUCCUUCCUUCGCACAUUGCAUCACUCAGGGCAUGUUAUCACAACAACGGGGAAAAAAGUAACUAAAACAAGAGGGAUGAAGAAAAUCUACCAACAAUGCUCAUUACUGUAGAGUAUUACAGCAUUGUGGAAAAUACUGGAGUAUAAGUGAGAAGAAUCCAAGAUACCAGUCUCAGCCAGUUCUGUCACGGGUUAAUGUGGAAUGUUAUUUUAUCUGGGCAAAAAUGUAUUACAUUUGUUUAUUCUGUGGAAUAUUAUUUUAACUGUGUAAAGGUGUGUCACUUUGGUUUAUGCUGCAUUUGUUUAAUUAUGUAAAGCUGUGUCGUAUUUUGCGUUUUGUGAUUUUAAAUAUACCCAUUUGUUAAAGCAGCUGUUGUGUAGGUCAAGCGUCUAGCUAGUUUCCACAGAAGACUGAAAUCAAGGUUUCAGCCAGACCCUUCUCAUCCACAGGCCUUGAAGAAAGAAUCCACUUCCAUGCUUACUCAGAAUUUGCUUCCGUUUGACUGUCUGGUUAGGGUUUCUGUUUUCUUGCUACAUUCCCCUAGGAAUUGCUCUCAUAUCCCAGGAAGGCUUUAUUCUGUGGCCUCUUCAGGAGUCCACCCUAACAUAACUCAUGUGUUUCUUCAGGGCCAGCAGGAGAAGCUCUCAAAACUGCUAAGGAAUCUCACGUUACUUAACAUGAGUAACAGGAACACAAUACAGUGCGUUUUGAAUUGGGCAUCUUAUUGAUAGGCAGGUGUGCUAGGGAAUCUCACAUGUCAACUUGGUAAGAUCUACAGUCAUCUGGGAUAAGGGCUCCUGGGCAUGUUUAUCUAUCCCAUUUGGCCAAUAGGCCAUGCCCACACUCAAAGCAAGGAGAUGAUUCAGGGUAUCGUGAUGAACUGACAUGAUUUUGGAAGGACUCUUGGAGGUCAUUUUAGAAUUUUGCCAUCAUACCAUUUGUUUAGUUUGUGCUAAUGUAAUGCACAUCUGUAGGCAAGCACUUUGACAAGGAGGAAGCACCAUGAAGUAAACAGUCUUACUAAAUGCAGCAGCAAGCAGUGUCGGGCUUGCUUCCUCAGCCUUCCCUUCUGCAACACGAUGCCAUACUGGAAUGUGACCUCAUUACAGAGUGCUGGCUAAACUGAGAGCAAUUCUAAUGCAUGUAAGAUUACCAAUGCCCAUGGACAGAGCAGCUUGUCAGUCCGCCCAGCCUUUACAUGGAAUUUAGCAGGGAACUGAGGUUGAAGGUUUAGGAAGGAAUGAAGAGCAAAAGUUCCCCAUAUUCUGGCUGAAGAGUAAGAACCCUAGAUGAUGAUGCAAUAAAUAUGGCAUUAGGGGCUGGAAACAGGGUCCCUUGUCUUCACACAGGGCCCGUAACCAGCAGAAAUGGUACCUCUCCAUUGUCGUAGGAGAGCUGUGAUUGGAGCCCAUAACUUGAACCAGUCAUCUGAACUGACACCAAGAGUCGCAGACAUGACUUGCUCCUCAGAAACAAUUACCUCUUACGAAAAAGGGAAUGAAGACAGAAUCCUUUUGUGAUUUUGAUCCACUAGUUUAAUUGCAUAUUAAGAAGGUAUUUUGAAUCUUUUAUUGAUAAUACCUGAGCCAAGAUGAAUGCCUUAAUCAGAGCUCUUGGGAAUAUAAAUGCACAAAAAAAGAGUAAGUUUUCCUAAAAUGCCUUAAAAAUUCCAUCUGACUAUUUAAAGUAUUUGUUUAUUCUAAAAUGUUUUGAAAACUAUGCAAGAAACCAAAUAUCUCAGAUAUCUGAAUGGAUCACUGUAACAUGCACAGUCUGUUUUUGAGGUAUCAACAAAUAUUGGAGUUUCUUGUCAAUGUCUUACCUUUUUUGUCAAUAAAAAGAGAUGCUUCUUUAAAGUUAAGGGAAUAUAUUUCAGAUACUAUAUAAUUUAAUGUGUGAUUAUACUUGGCAACUUGAACUAUAUAAAACAUAUUUUAUUUUAAAAAAAACCACUAUAAUUAGUGUUGUAUCUUGAUUAAUUAUUACUGAAUAGUGUAGACUCCUUAACAUUGGUUAGCAGAAUGUACCUGUGAGACGAAGCCAUUAAUCCCGGCUUGAGAAUGCCUUAGUUUUAGUUCUUCAGUUGUUUGAAUGCCUUUCAGAGACUUCAUACCACACAUCUGUGUUUCUUCUGGACUCUAAGUGGUUGGAUUAAAGUUUCCUAACUACCCUAACAUUUUCAUGGUUUGUGAUUAUAGCUCCUUGUCCGUUCUAAAACAUAGCCCAUGAAUGUGAAAUGAUUUCUUCAAAGCUUUUAGUACAUGUCACAAGUAGGUGUUCAGAAUAAGUGUGCUAUGAAAGAAGUAGACAUUUUCUUCUCUGUGAUUCAAUAGCCACUGCAGCAGGAAGUACUGCCUUGGA